AUGUCGCGCCAAACAAGCCUGUUCGAUUAUGCGUUCUCAGGCGGCGGCAGUCGGCCUCGCCAACCCCAAAAUCAGCGCCCCGAGCAGCCAUCAUCAGAAUCCCAGGCCUCAUCUAGCUUAUCCGCCACCAACAGUGACCCGCCAACAUCAUCUUCACAAUCAACCACCACCACCUCCCGCGGCUCUCACUCCUCCCGGGGUCGCGGUGGCCGCCGUGGCGGAGGCGACCGCUCAAAUCCAUCUCUGGCCUCCGUAUCCGAAGAAACACGCGCAGUGCUGCCGUCAAUCCUGCCCAACCUCCGACACCUGGACGCUACGAAAUCCGAGUCGUUGCAUCUAUCAGAGCUGCCGCCGUUGAAGUCUUCAGCAUGCCCGGGCCAUCCCCGUCCGAAAAUCAAGAUUGUGAACGAGGACACUUUAAACGCUGCCAUCGACCUCGCUGCGCAGAGACCUGACGGCGGACGUGUGGCGGUGCUCAACAUGGCGUCUGACAUCCACGCCGGCGGAGGUUGGCUCAAGGGCGCCGUGGCGCAGGAGGAAGCGAUAUGCUACCGCUCAUCGCUGUAUCUCAGCUUGCACAAGCGGCAUUACCCCUUUCGGAGGCGUAUGGGGCUGUACACCCCGGACGUGGUUGUUAUCCGGGGCGAUAUGGCGAGCGGACAUAAACUCCUCGUCCCGGGGACGGCGUACACCGACCUGCCUGUCGUGAGCGUCCUCAGCAUUGCAGCCAUCCGAAGACCAGAGGUCCAGAAGGUGCGGGUCUCGACGUCGUCGGCCACCGAGGAGGUUUACGAGUUUGCGAGGGCGAACGAUCGCGUGUUGACCAUGGACAAGAUGAGGCUUUGUCUGAGGAUGGCGGCCGCUCGAGGACAUAGUUUGCUCGUGCUCGGCGCGCUGGGCUGCGGCGCGUUUAGGAAUCCACCAGAGGAGAUUGCGCAGUGUUGGCUUGAGGUGCUGGGUGAGGCUGAGUUUGCGGGUGGCUGGUGGAGGGAGAUGUGGUUUGCCGUGUACGAUCGGAAGAAUGAGGGCAAUUUUGAGAUUUUUGAGGACUAUUUGGCGGGUGUUGAGGUUUAG